GGACUGAAAACAAGGCGGCACAGGGGGUCUGCGGGCCACUCGGGGCAGAAACAGGGAACCCGAUGUGGGUUUCACUAAACCAGUUCCGAGAUUCUGUUUUUUGGACGUGGUGUCCGGCGCUCGGCCCACGACGGAGUCGACCCGGGAACCGCCGGAAGUCGCUCAAAGGAGAGACAGGAAGUCCCUCCUCUUCCUCCCAGAGGGAAGACGGUGAGCCGGAGGAGUCAGUCAGAGGGGCGAGCAGGAGCGAUCCCGUCGGCAAACAGGUUACGAGUGCCCAGGGAGCCGCCCUGACGCAGGACCUUCUUAAUGAUGGAUACUGAGAAGAAGCCAGAGAACGAAGAAGAUGAAAAUGCAAACAAAGAAGCAGGAGACUCGAGAGAUGUCUCAUCUCAUGAUGUAGAUUGUGGGCCCGUAUUUGAUGCGGUAGCAAAUUCCUCUGAAAACUCCACCAGCAAGAGAGGUUUUUCAGAAUCCUCAAACCUCGGCAGCGUCACCGUGGGGCAAGAUGGAAAUAAACAUGCUUCCAAACGAAUGAAGUUAUCGGCCGAGGCAGAGCACCUAAAGCGUGAAGAGCGGGGCGCUCGCGGGCCGGAAGCUUCUGAGAGCACGGUCCCCGAAGGGCACGUCCCGUUGGGCGAGGCAGUGAAGGAGACCCUCCUGAAUGAACGCCCCGAUGGAGGCACGAGUCUCCCCAGUGCCUUCUCCCCGCCUCCCAGCUUCAGCACCACUGAUGCUGUUUCUCCGAAAACAGACACCGAAGAAAAGUCUGCUCGGGAAAUGGUUUCCCUUGACCCGGGAAGAGAAUCUCCUUUGCCCCUGAAAGAGAUGAGUGUCAGUUGUACUGUUGGAAACGUAGAUACGGUCUUCAAGUGCGACGUAUGUGGUCAUCUGUUUUCCUCCUGCACUGACUUGGAAAAGCAUGCUGAGUGUCACCUGCAGCCACCUGGGGAACACGCCUGCUGCCACUGCAGCCACAAAGCAGAGAGCAGCGCGGCGUUGCACGCGCACGUCCGGCAGACCCACAGGCCGCAGCGGGUCUUUUCUUGCGAUCUCUGCGGCUUUCAGUGCGUGGAAGAAAACCUGUUGAAUGCACAUUAUCUUGGCAAAACACACCUCCGGCGUCAGAAUCUUGCUGCUCGUGGAGGAUUUGUACAGAUCUUAACAAAGCAGCCCUUUCCCGAGAAACCUUGUUCCAUGGGAACAAAAAGUGUUCGCGUGAAAGCGAGAGCUUCUAAGCCAGUAGCAAAGGCUAGUGAUUCACAAGGAUUACGAGACGUUGGAAGCAAAUUUAAAGAUUUCAGAGGGGGCCUUUCUCAGCAAAGCGGAAGUAGCAGUGAGCUGCUUGUCGAAAUGACGCCGUCCAGGGAUCCUUCGUCAGAAACAGUAGAGAUUGUUGAAGAAAAUGUAACUUCUCUUGGCAUAGCUCGAAAUCCUGAGAACCAAAGUAAAACUAAAAAGUUGGCUCUGGUCAGCUCAGAGGGUCUCUUAGAUAAGGUGGAAUCUUCCAGAAGCAGCCUACAGGCAGCGCACGGUAUCAGCGCAGGCUCGAGACCAAGACCUGAGCGAAACGUCCUCACGUUGGGCGGUAGCUUCCGUCGACGAAGUGGCACUUUUACUUUAAAGGGCCAGGCCAAGAAAAGGGUUAAUCUUCUAGGAAUCCGUAAACGAGCAACUAGUGAUGCGCAGAGGGUGUUUAUGAAACACUUGAGAACCCAGGUGAGAACAGGUGACGCAGAGUCUGCGUCCCGGCACGCAGAAGCGAGUGGCGGUGUCCACGGUCUGUGUGUGGCUUCCCCAGAAACACGGGACCCGAAGCAGGACAGAAGCAGCUCCCAUCUCGCGUGCUCCCUGGACUCUCCCGCCCAGCAGACGUGUCCUUGUGUGGACUGUGCUCAAGUAGCUACAGAAAGGACGGAGCUGGAGACCCGUGGGGAGGGGUGCCCCACCGGAGACGUGAAGCUUCGCCGCCAGGAGCGUGACGUUUCCAGCCCGUCGAGGAGGGACCCGGACAAGCAUUUGUACGACAACCAGCACCAGCACACCGCCAGUGUCCUCACUUGUCGGCACUGUUCGUUUAGUUCCGAGAACGAACCAGGUCUUACAGACCACAUGAAGGAAAAGCACAAUAUGUGUUUUGUGUGUACUCCUUGUAGUCUGUUCUUCUUGUCUGAGAAGGACCUGGAGGAGCACAGAACAACUGAGAAGCACGUUCGUUUAUUGGUUCAGCCAGAGGCUUCUCAACCGCGUAACAGUGAUUUGGUGUUACGGUCUUUACCCUUAAGUACUUUAGAAUCAGAAAAUACAAGAGAUGCUCUGAGUGAGUCCGGUAAAGCAGCUCAGGAAGAGCCCGUUAAGUCCAGGGUGAGCCAUGGACAUGAAGUCAGGCAUUCCAGUAAGCCUCAGUUUCAGUGUAAGAAGUGUUUUUAUAAAACAAGGUCUUCCACUGUCCUCACGAGACACAUAAAGCUCCGGCAUGGUCAGGACUACCACUUUCUGUGUAAAGCAUGUAAUCUUUAUUCGUUGAGCAAAGAAGGCAUGGAGAAGCACAUUAAGAGAAGCAAGCAUCUUGAAAACGCCAAGAAAAAUAACAUCGGCUUGAGUUUUGAAGAAUGUAUUGAAAGGGUAUGUAUAGGUGCAAACGAUAAAAAGGAGGAGUUUCAUGUUUCUGGAAAUGGCAGGAUAGAAGGCCACGUGGAAGGUGCACAGUUACAGGAGCAUGUCUGCCUCGAAAAGAGCGUGCUGACUGCCAAGGAACUGUCACAGUCCGGCGGAAUGACCAAAGAAGGGGAGGUCACUUUGACCGCCACCCCAAAGAGAGGGAGACCGAAAGGUAACAUCUCACGGACAUGUUCUCAUUGUGGUCUCUUGGCCUCUAGUAUCACAAACUUGACUGUUCACAUUCGACGAAAGCACAGUCACCAGUACAGUUACUUGUGCAAAGUGUGUAAGUAUUACACCGUAACCAAGGGAGACAUGGAACGUCACUGUGCCACUAAGAAGCAUAAAGGACGAGUAGAAGUAGAAGCCAGCGGCCAACAAAGCUCAGACAUCAUUGUCGGCCCUGAAGGGGGUAACCUUGAAGCCUGUAGAAAGAGUGCCAUGUCAGCGGUUUCAGGGGAGCACGCUAACAAGCCCGCUGAGUCAGAUGCCUCUGUUUCAGAAAAGCCAGGAGCAGAGCGUGGAAAUCCAACUGAAGUCGAAGUGGCAGGCGUGUGUCAUUCUGCAGAUGGGGAAGCUGACAGCCAUCUUCCUGAUGAAAAGGAACAGAUGUGUCUGGAACCGGAGAGCCCUGUCCAGCAGGGGGAUGCUACGGGUGUAAGCGAUAAUAAGUGUGUACACUGUGAGUUUAGUGCCCACUCUUCUGCUUCUCUAGAGCUGCACGUAAAACGGAAGCAUACAAAGGAAUUUGCUUUUUAUUGCAUGGCGUGCGAUUACUACGCUGUGACCCGUCGAGAGAUGACGAGGCACGCAGCCACAGAGAAACACAAGGUGAAAAGGCGGUCUUACCUGAACUCUUCGGACAUGGAAGCAGGUUCUGCAGACGUGCCCAGGAGUAUCAUCAUAUCCAACGAGCAGCAUCAGCAAAAUUCUGAGGAAUAUCAAGUGAUUUCAGACCAACCGUCUGAAGAAAUUCCGAAAUCUAGAAGUACCGCUGAUUGUUCUGUUUUGGAUGAGAAUACUCAUCUAGGUGUGGCUAAAGUACUCCGUGCUCCCGACUCAGUAGAAAUUGAGACUGGAGACGAAUCUAAUCUCAGUGAAGAGCAUUCCUUCUGUGAAACUUUCCAACAGCCCCUUGCCAAGGAGAAAGCUCUGAAACCCGAGGACGUGUCCCUUACUGUUUCGUCUGAUUGUGCCUCCCCGAGCAGAUUUCAGAGUGAAAAUGCAGGAAGCUCAGCUUUGGAUUAUGAGCCAGUAGAGAGAAGCCACAGCGUGCUGAAUGACAUUGGUGGUCCAGGCAUGCGUGGCGAGAGUGAUGUGGGACGUGUGGGCGAGAAUGCAGGUGAAACCCUGAGCAAACGUGGAUGUCCUGGAGGUUUAGGGGGAGGGCAUCUGGCCGAAAGCACCGUCCCUGUUGUGAUGACAAGGACGGGACAGGAGUCAGACCUGGAGAGCCGUGGUCAGAACGACGUUGGAAGUGUGCAGAGUUCAGAGGACUUGAAAGAUGGUACCCAAGAAGACCCCGUUCUAGAGAACAAGGAGAUUCUGAUGAAUUCCCAGCAUGAAACUAAAAUUAUCUUGGAAGAGGAUGGUCUGGCUUCUGAUAGCACAGUUGAAAGUAACGAUGUGUAUGAAACUAUAAUCAGCAUUGAUGACAAAGGACAGGCCGUGUACAGUUUUGGCCGGUUUGAUUCUUCCAUAAUAAGAAUAAAGAGCCCUGAAGAUGGUGAGUUGUUGGACCAGUCUGAAGAGGGUCUCAUAACCACAGGCGUGAGGAUCGGUGAGUUGCCCUUAAAGGACUGUGCCCAAGGUGUGAAAAAGAAGAAAUGCGAAGGUAGUUCCUUUGGUGAAUCCACACGAAUUCGUUGCGAUGAUUGUGGCUUCUUAGCAGAUGGUUUGAGCGGACUGAAUGUGCACAUAGCCAUGAAGCACCCUACGAAAGAGAAGCACUUUCAUUGUUUACUGUGUGGAAAGUCCUUCUAUACCGAGAGCAACCUCCACCAGCACUUGGCUAGUGCUGGUCAUCUGAGGAACGAGCAGGCCAGUGUGGAGGAGCUUCCGGAGGGAGGGGCCACCUUCAAAUGUGUCAAGUGCACGGAGCCCUUUGACUCAGAGCAGAAUUUAUUUCUCCAUAUUAAAGGGCAGCACGAAGAGCUGCUUCGGGAGGUGAAUAAGUACAUAGUGGAAGACACUGAGCAGAUCAACCGCGAGAGAGAAGAAAACCAGGGGAACGUCUGCAAGUAUUGCGGGAAGAUGUGUCGAAGUAGCAAUUCGAUGGCAUUCCUGGCUCACAUUCGCACUCACACAGGAUCAAAACCAUUCAAGUGCAAGAUAUGCCACUUCGCAACGGCUCAGCUUGGCGAUGCCAGAAACCAUGUCAAAAGGCACCUUGGGAUGAGGGAAUACAAGUGUCAUGUCUGUGGGGUUGCUUUUGUAAUGAAGAAGCACUUAAAUACUCAUCUGCUAGGCAAACAUGGAGUUGGCACCCCCAAAGAAAGGAAAUUUACAUGCCACUUGUGCGACAGAAGUUUCACAGAGAAGUGGGCCCUGAACAACCACAUGAAGCUGCACACGGGAGAAAAGCCAUUUAAGUGUACCUGGCCCACGUGCCAUUACUCAUUCCUCACGGCCUCCGCCAUGAAAGACCACUACAGGACGCACACAGGCGAGAAGUCGUUCCUGUGUGACCUCUGCGGCUUCGCGGGCGGCACGCGGCACGCCCUCACCAAGCACCGGCGCCAGCACACAGGAGAAAAACCCUUCAAAUGCGAUGAGUGUAACUUUGCCUCCACAACCCAGUCUCAUCUGACUCGACACAAGCGGGUGCACACGGGGGAAAAACCCUACAGAUGCCCCUGGUGCGACUACAGGUCCAACUGUGCUGAAAAUAUCCGCAAACACAUUCUGCACACCGGCAAACACGAGGGGGUCAAGAUGUACAACUGCCCCAAGUGUGACUACGGGACGAACGUGCCCGUGGAGUUCCGGAACCACUUGAAAGAGCAGCACCCGGACAUUGAAAACCCGGACCUGGCUUACUUGCAUGCUGGCAUUGUUUCCAAGUCCUACGAAUGCCGUCUGAAGGGCCAAGGAGCCACGUUCGUGGAGACAGACAGCCCGUUCACCGCGGCCGCGCUGGCGGCCGCGUCCCCCAUCAAGGAGCGGCCCCGUAGGGACAGCACGAGGCGGGCGGCGGCCGAGCAGGUGAUCGUCAUCCAGGGCUACGGCGGGGAGUUCGCGCUCGACGCCUCCGUGGAGGAGACCGCCGCGGCCACGCUGCAGACACUGGCGCUGGCCGGCCAGGUGGCCCGGGUGGUGCACAUCACAGAAGACGGGCAGGUGAUCGCGGCCGGUCAGAGUGGCGCCCACGGGGGCGCUGUGGCCCCCGGGCCGGUCCUGCCCGAGCAGUUGGCGGAUGGGGCCACCCAGGUGGUGGUCGUGGGGGGCUCGCUGGACGGCCACGGCGCGGACGGGCCCCUCAGCCCAGAAGGCGCUGUGAUACAGCAGGUGACCAAGCAGGAGAUCUUAGACCUCGCCGAGGCCGGAGUCCCCCCGCCCGACGCGGCCUCGGCCUUGGACGCCCUGCUGUGUGCGGUCACCGAGCUGGGAGGGGCGGAAGGCCGGGUCGGGCCCGAUGAGAAAGGCAGGUCGGGCCACGAGGACGUGCUGGUCCAGCUGCCAGGUCAGGAGGCGCCCCCCGCCACCGCCCAGCCCGAGGCCCCCGAGAUCCACAUGUUCCAGGACGUGCGGGAGGGCACGGCCCCCGGGGAGCCUGUGGAGGUGCUGACCCAGGUCGUGCGGCCCCCGGCCCUCACCGCCUCGCAGGAGCGCGCGCAGGUGGCCUUCAAGAAGGUGGUGCAGGGCGUGCUCCAGUUCGCCGUGUGCGACUCGGCCACGGCCGGCCAGCUCAUGAAGGAGGGCGUCACCCAGCUCAUCGUGAACGAGGAGGGCACCGUGCACAUGCUGGCCCGGGAGGGCUCCCAGAUCAUCAUGCAGGAGGCCGAGGCGCACGGCCCGCGCGUGGACCUGGCCGAGCCCGACGGCGAGAUCUCGCAGAUCAUCGUGACGGAAGAGCUGGUCCAGGCCAUGGUCCAGGAGUCGGGCGGCUUUCCCGAGGGUGCCACUCACUACAUCGUGACGGAGCUGCCCCCCGGGGUGCCGGAGGAGGCGGGCGUGUACUCACACACCCUGAUCGAGGCGGCCGACUCACAGGGGAUCCUGCAGGCCGGGGCCGCGCUCAGCGCCGAGGCCUUGGGCCCAAAUGGAACCCAGCAGCUGACGAGUAUGGUCAUUUACACCCAAGAUGGGUCCCCGGCAGCGACUGUCAUUCAGGGCCAAAGAGAGAGCAACGAACUCCAAGAAGCGUGAGGCGCGCACGGCCCGGGGCAGGUUGGGGAGGUCCGGGUGCAGACGUCCGCUCCCGGCCCGGGGCAGACGAGGGCGGUCCGGCACCCGCGGCACAGUGUCCCCUGGACUUCAUUCACGGGGCCUCCGGGACGGUGACGCGGUGCUCCCGGGGCCGCCCGCCCGCUGUCCGGGCGGCUUGGCACCGGCUGCGGGCAGCGUGCACGGGGUGCGGGGGCCGCCACCGCUGGGAAGGCCCCGGGUGGGACGGGGUGCCGCGGGGCAGACCCCCGGGCCGGCCAGCCUGUCUCCUGCUGGCUCUUUUGUGACUGGUCGCUUCCCUCCGUUCUGUGCUCCGUGCUGAGGAGAAGCCACGUGUUUUAAUGUUUCCACCCCCACCAAGUGUGUUCCCGUUUCAGUUAUCAAAGGACUGUGGCUCGAGGCGGAAAAGUCCGAGCAGCGUCUCCUGCGGCCUGAGACAUGCCUGUUGUUCCGGUCCAGCAUGUCGCCGUUUUAACAUGUCAGUAUAUAUUUGCUUCAAAAUUGCAGCUACAGGUAUUACCGUCUUGCAGCAGGCCACCCCUGUUCCUUUCCCUGAAAUCUUAGGACCGCGGGGUCCCCAGACCAAAGGAAGACCUGUUCGUCUCAUGCGUCCUCUCCCCAGACAUCGUGGGGCUGUCCCUCUCUCUGGUUGCACUCUGCUUGAAAGAAGCCUUCUUAAGCCGGUGGUGAAGAACAGCCCUGACGUUUCUAUUUGACGAAAAUCUACCUUGGUUUAGACAACCCCGCGCUUCUAACUUUGACUUCGUUUCAUACAAUAAAGUCUACAUAUGAAAUGCGUACUCUGGAAAAUACUGUUCAUACCAAUAUUUUGCUUUUAUAACAAAUGUCUGUUCAUACUGAUCCCACUUUUGCAGGAUUCAUUUGUGACUUCUGUCCGUGUGAAGGAGCUGACGUUAAACAUUAGUACUAGAAAGCCAUGCUCCCGCAGCCCCGGGCCUGACCGGCGUCGUCCGUGUUUAGUCGUGGGCUCCCUGCCGCUGUCGGAAUGCAGCUUUAUGUUCUAGUAACUCACUUCUUGAUCCAGUUCUCUUCUUCCUUUUCCAAAAGUGUAAAAGCAGUUCCCCUCCCCCGAACGCAAAGGUUGUUUUUGUUCUAUUUUUUUUUCCUUUGAAAUAAAAUUACAGCAUUAAA